AUGCGGAGGAGCUCCCUCUUGAUCUUCUCGCGACUCUCUCAGGGAUUCUCCUCCUCCGCUGCGGCGGCGGUGCCUCCUUCCGACGUCCCCGUCCUGUACUCCUUUCUCCAGCCCACCGUCUUCCCCCUCAGGGGAAAAACUCCGCCGGUACCGCCGCCGCCGUUCGGCAAGGUCUCGGAGACGUCGGCGCCGCCGCGGAGCCCCUGCGCGGACAAGGAAACCCUAGAAUCGGACCUGAAGGAGCACCUGCGGAAUAACCAGACUGACGAAGCAUGGAGAUCCUUCAAAGCGCUCACUGCCGGAUCACUCCUUCCGUCCAGGCAAGCCUCCAACUCCCUCAUCGCCCACCUCUCCUCCCUGAGGGAUCUCCACAACCUCAAGAGGGCCUUCGCCUCUGCGAUCUUCCUCCUUGAGAAUGCGCCGAGAUCUCUGGAGUUGGAGACGCUGGACGCCCUUUUCCGCUCACUGGAUGCCGCCAACGCCGCCGCCCCAGCUUUCGCUCUCGUCAAAUCCAUGUUUAAGAACCGGUGCUUCGCACCAUUCCAUGCGUGGGGCGAGGUCCUGCUCCGGCUGGCCAGGAAGAACGGCGCCUUCGACAAGUUCCUCAUCAUCUUCGAGGAGAACUGCCGGAUCGCCAUGGCGGAGAGGAUCACCUCCAUGAAGCCCGAUUUGGGCGCUUGCAAUGAAACCCUAGAGGGCUGCUGCCGUGAAUUGGGGUCGGUGGCUGAUGCCGAGAGGAUCCUAGAGAUCAUGUCCGCCAUGGACGUGCGGCAGGACUCUCGGACCUUCGGUGCUCUGGCAUAUCUAUACGCCUCGAAGGGCCUGAACAACAGGAUCAUCGAACUGGAGAAGCUAAUCUCUGGGGUGGGCAUCUCAGAUAGGACUGUGAUUUACAGUAAUCUGGUCAGGGGAUACCUCAAAUCCGGAGAUUUCGAGUCAACCAUGGAGAUCAUCCUGCGUGCCCUGAAAGAGCAGCAGGGCGAGAACGGCGGCGGACUCGCCGGCGUUCUCGACGAAGAAAGCUACUGCGAGGUGGUGAAAUCUUUCGUGGAGAAGGGAAGGAUGAAGGAUCUGGCAGAUUUGAUCAUCGAAUCACAGAAACUGGAGUCUUCAUCUUCUUCCUCGACCGAUAACUAUGGCGACACAGUGGGAUACAGAAUUGUCAGCGCCUGUGUGAACCUGGGGCUGAUGGACAAAGCUCACAGCAUUCUCGACGAGAUGAACGCCUGCGGAGGCCCCGUUGGACUGGGGGUUUACUCUUCGAUCUUAAAAGCUUACUGCAAGGAGCGCAGGACGGCGGAAGCUGCUCAGCUGGUGGCGGAGAUCUCCGGCGCCGGGCUCCGGCUGGACGCCGGCAGCUACGACGCCCUCAUUGACGCUGCCAUGUCCGGCCAGGAUUUCCAGUCGGCUCUGUCGCUCUUCAGGGACAUGAGAGAGGCACAGCUUUCAGACCUGAAGGUGAGCUACCUCACCAUAAUGACCGGCCUCAUGGAGAACCAGCGGCCGGAGCUCAUGGCCGCCUUCCUGGACUCGGUGGUGGACGACCCCCGAGUGGAGAUCGCCACCCACGACUGGAACUCGAUCAUCCACGCCUUCUGCAAGAUCGGGAGGCUGGAGGAUGCGAGGAGGACGUACAGGAGGAUGAUCUUCCUGCAGUUCGAGCCCAGCGAGCAGACCUACCUCUCCCUGGUCAACGGCUACGUCUCAGCCGAGAAGUACUUCAGCGUUCUGAUCCUCUGGUCGGAGGUGAGGAAGAAAGGCGCCAACCUGGGGCACGACUCCCUGGACGGCUUCCUCUACGCCCUGGUCAAAGGGGGCUUCUUCGACGCGGCGAUGCAGGUCGUGGAGAUGGCCCAGGACCUGAAGAUCUUCGUGGACAAAUGGCGGCACAAGCAGGCAUUCAUGGAGAAUCACAAGAAGCUGAGGGUGGCGAAGCUGAGGAAGAGGAACUUCAGGAAGAUGGAGGCCCUCGUCGCGUUCAAGAACUGGGCUGGCCUGAAUUAA